CUGAAGAAGAGGCAAAUGAAGAAGAUGUUUUGGGAGAAGAAACAGAGGAAGAAGAACAGAAGCCCUUAGACAAUCCCAUCAAAGAGGAAGUAACUACAGAGACCUCUACUGAAAUGAGUGCAGAAAAAAAAGUGGUGAAAAUUACAUCAGAAAUUCCUCAGAUGGAGAGAAUGCAGAAACGAGCAGAGAGAUUCAACGUCCCUGUGAGCUUGGAGAGUAAGAAAGCUGCACGAGCAGCUCGGUUUGGUAUGCCUACAGUUUCAACUAAAGGUCUGAACACAGAAAGUAAGACUACAGUAAACAUAGACAAAUUAAAGGAAAGGGCUCAAAGAUUUGGUUUGAAUGUUUCUACAAUCUCCAGAAAGGUAAG